AUGAAGGGCGGCUGUUUGAAGAACGUCCUGGUGAUCUCCACUGGGUUCCUGCUGCUCUUCAGUGCUACAGGAAGUCUCCUCAACCUGCAGAGCAGUCUGAACGCGGAGGACGGACUUGGCGUGGCAUCAGCCAGCGUUCAGUUUGCCUCCAUCAUCCUGUCCUCCAUGUUCCUCACUCCCCUGGUCAUCCACUACCUGGGCUGCAAGUGGACCAUUGUGGCCUGCAUGGGCUGCAACGUCAUGUACACUGUGGGGAACUUUUUCCCAGGAUGGGAGACCCUGAUCCCCUCCUCAGUGGUCCUGGGUCUGGGGGAGGCUCCCCUGUGGUCAGCCAGCAGUACUUACCUGACCCUGGCUGGACAGAUCCAAGCCCGGCAGGACCGCAGCAGGAGCCAGGCCGUCAUCAACCAGUACUUUGGCAUCCUGUUCCUGAUGUACCAGUCCUCAGCAGUCUGGGGGAACCUCCUGUCCUCCCUGGUUUUCAGACAGGACACGGCCUCAGGUGCAGACAGACGCCAGCUGAAUUCCUUUCAAUGGCUUUUUACAGUCGAUAUAAUCACACCAAUUGUGCUUCUCUAUAGUGGAAGUAUCUCCUUUUAAAGUACGCAUCCCAUGACUCUAAAUCCCAACACAGUCAAAGAGAGUUGGAACAGUCCGAUGAGUUGGGUUGUGGUUGUGUGCUGAGGCUGUCUGGUUAUCAACAGUCAACAUCACCGAGGGAGACCUCCAGGUUUGUGGUGUUGGCGGCUGCAUGG